CGCCAUCAUUAUUACCUAACCUCAAAUAAUUCAAUAUUUUCAUUUACUGAAAAACUCAAAAUAAAUUUUUUAUAAUUAAAAAUGUUUAAGAAAUUCGACGAGAAAGAAAGUAUAUCCGGAGUCUUGCAGCUGAAAUCUUCAGUGCAAAAGUCGAUCAGAUCGAAAAUUUUGGAGUCUUAUCCGUUUUUGGAUACUUAUUUGGAAGUAGUUUUACCCAAAAAGGACGCUUUUAAAAUAGUAAAAUGUCACGAUCACAUUGAAAUUAUAGUCAAUUCGGCUGGGGAACAGCAAUUUUUCAGGCAUCGAGAAGGUCAAUGGAUGCCCACCCUAAGAUUACUUCACAAGUAUCCUUUCUUUUUACCGAUGCAACAAGUAGACAAAGGAGCGAUCAGAUUUGUACUUAGUGGUGCUAAUAUAAUGUGUCCGGGUCUCACUUCGCCCGGGGCUCAGAUGACUGAAGUACCCAAAGACACUAUUGUGGCUAUAAUGGCCGAAGGCAAGGAUCAUGCUUUGGCUAUAGGAAAGACUACGUUGUCCACUGAAGACAUAGCCAAAGUCAAUAAGGGAAUUGGAGUGGAAAAUUGCCAUUACCUCAACGACGGACUGUGGCAAAUGAAACCUAUAAAAUAAAUUACCUAUUAUUGUAUUGUUGUAAAGCAUUUACAUAUUUAUUAAUAAAAUUUACAAUAA